GCUGUUUGUUAUCGACUUGGGUUUUUAGCAAUUUUGCAUCGAUUCUGUUUAUUUGCGAGAAAAAUGCAAAACACCCAGCGAAAAGCGCCUCAAAAUGUAACGCAGGCGUUGAGAACCUAGCUGCAGACCCAAGAUGAUACCCUGGAUGCGCGAAAAGUUCAACGAGAAGAGGGCAAAGUGGUUAGCGCGCAGCAAAAGGAGCGGCGCCGAAAGUCCCCGGAGCAGUAGCCACAGUCACAGCCAGCGGACGGAUGCCAGCGAUGCGGAGAGCCUCAGUCUUAGCGGAGCCUCCUCGCUCAAUGUCCACACGGCGGAGUCCGAAACGCAGACGGAUGGCGGUGGGCUGAUCCCACAAAAUUCCCGCCCACUCGUGGGAGGCGGCGGUUGCGUCCUUAGAACUCCAUCGCCCGCCCGCCGUCGCCGAAUGCACCUGGAACUGCAACUGCAGCGGCGGGAGGAGCGGUCAGAGCAGCAGGCGGAGCACCAGGACUCGCCCACGCCAACCCAACAGCAGCAGGCCCAUGCCUUGUUUCUUAAAAAAUCAUCACAAUCCAAUCGGCAAAGCAAUUUAUCUGCCGAGGCAGACGAUGCCAACAAGCCGGGCGAAUCCAUCAUAGUGCGGGUGAUCUGCCCCAGUUCCCGGGUACUGGUCUUCAAGACGGACGUCAACAAGCGCCUCAAUGAGCUUAAAAGCGAAGUAAUCCUCGAGCUGAGUGACGAUCCCGACUCCAUCCAGUUGUUUGCACCGGAUGUGCGUCAUUUAAACCCGCGAUAUCGGCUCUACCGCGCGGAAUACUUUGGCGGCGAGCUGAAUGAGACGGACACGUUGGCUCAGCUAAAGGUGCGCAAUAACGAGACGUUUAUUCUGUCGCCGCGACGCAACACUCUGCUGCAGACUGUGACGCGGAUUCGCGAGGUUCCCGGCCCCAAUGAACAGCUGGUGGAAAGCGCCACGCGCUAUGUACCCGUCAAUAGCAAUCAGUUGCCCACCAUCGACAUUAAUGAGAUCUUUCAGCAAUCAAACAUACAAUACGAUGUGCGCAAAGUGCUGAUAUCCCUGGCUCAGGCCUCGGCAGCGGUUAUAGGUGCUGGUCCCUAUGCUCCGCGUCUGAUAGCCAUGUUAAAGCAGCGCUUGAUUAACCGUCGUAAUCAACAGGCGGAUACACUUCAGUGUCUCGUGGACAUGGGCUUCAAACGGGAGCUGGCUGCGUUUGCCUUGAAGGCCAACAAUGGCAUCUAUUCGACCACGAUGGAGUGGCUGAUGCAGAACCAAAACGAGGAUAACUCGCAGGAGCCUCCUGCCAUGAAUAUGCAGCACAGUUUAUCUUCCAUCUCGCCCUCUACGAUUAUUACAAACAAUGAAGCGAUUGAGAACACCGCCGCCCUGAUUGAGAUUGUGCGGAUCUACAGUCAUCGGGAUUCACCGCCCAGCGAUGAGAUUGUGGAAUCACUUACUGAAAUGGGAUUCGAGGAAACAGCAGUGCUGGCGGCGCUGAAAAAGACCGGCAACAACAAGGCCUCUGCCUGCGAAUGGUUGUGCGACAAUCGCUCGGGCAGCGUUAUUGAGCUGCGCGAAGGAUUGGCGCCCGAUUCGCCCAUCCUAAAGGUAAUCCUGGAAAUGCCACAAGUCCAGAUGACCCUCAGCAACCCCAAGACUUUUCUAGCCUUUUUGGGCGUCCUGGAGAACGAGCAUGCGAUACGCGUGUGGCGUGGCGACAACGACACAACCUCGGUCAUCACACAUAUCCUGCAAAAGUACCAUGAGGAGAAGCAUGUGCUUGGCAUCAACCAGUUCUACACGAACCGCUGGUGAACGGUGCCGCUAAGUGGCUUUAUUAUGAGAUUAACCAAAUUAUAUUUAUACAUAUACAUACACAAUCACUCACCCGAAGUGCAUGGCUAAUGCUUGGUCCAUUUUGGGGCCCCAUUAUACAUUGUGUAUGUGCCAGUAUGUAAAGAGUAUUUUUGUAGCCAAAAACCAUGAACGUAAACACUGCACAAAGCCAAAGAUGCAAUCGCUUCGCCAAGAGCACGCGGCUGCACUCUACAAACGCUUACCGAUCAGUACGAAAUGCAUUAUAUACAUAAAUAUAUAUACAUAUAUAAAUUAAAAGGAACUAGUUCUAGUCAGGCCUUCAUCCUACGAUUCUAUUAGGCUAAACAUAAA